AUGUACUUAUUGAGAGUGAGAUUAGUCUCUAGAUUAUUCCGCCCUCUUCAAGAAAGAAAGGCCAAAAAGAAUCAAAAGAGAUUGUCAAAGAACAACUACUUAAAUUGGACAAAGAUAAGAAAAACCCACCAAGAUCUGUUUAUUAUAUACAUCUGUUUGAUUCAAUCCAUUAGGCAACAAAUGACCACUGCUGCAAUGUCCGGUAUUGAGAUUGCUCAAAAACCAGCAACUAUAUUGAAGAGAAGUGACCUUGAGUUUGCAAUAUGCGAGUGCUGUGGGCUGACAGAGGAGUGCACAGAGGCUUACGCUGCUCGUGUUCGGGAGCGCUACCAGGGGCGGUGGAUAUGCGGACUGUGUGCAGAGGCGGUGAAGGACGAGUUUGUGAGAUCAGAGAAAAGGAUUGGAAAUGAGGAGGCUUUAAAUCAGCACAUGAGUUUUUGCAAGAAAUUUAGGACUUUAAGGCCACCAAAGAAUCCCACUAAGGAACUCAUUUCUGCUGUUAAGCAGCUGCUUCUGAGGAGCUUGGACUCGCCUCGGUCAAGCCCAGUGAAGAAGGCAGGUUUGGUUCGAUCUGAAAGCUGUUGUUCUGAUAUGGAUGAUUGA